AUGUUGAAAAUCAAAAGCAUUCUCGGCUCUUCAAUUUUUCUUGGUCGCUCCUUUUGUACCGAAAAAGUGCAUUUCAUCACAAAAAUACGAAAUAUGCGAAGAGCAAAAUCGAGAGGAGGACCAAUUAAAGAAGAAUUUGGAGAUGAGAUUGAUUUCAGCAAAAUUCGUUGUAGUCUUAGGUCAUUGAAUAGAUCAAAUAGGGAUCAAAACGCUGAUAGAAAAUGUUUACUUUGUGAUUUGGGAAUCAAAUUGGACUACAAAAAUGCUCGUUUACUUCAACAAUUUAUUUCUUCAUUCAGUGGACGUGUUUAUGAUCGACAUAUUACUGGGCUUUGUUCAAAGCAGCAUGAUGCACUUAUUAAAACGAUUAGGAUGAGCAGAUAUGCUGGUUAUAUGCCACCACUUACGAAAGAACCAAAAUAUUUGAAAGAUCCGAAACUUUUUGAUCCAUUAAAACCGAUUCGUCCACACUCUUAUGAUGUUGAUUUGCGUGAGCGUCGUCGUCAAAAAAUUCUGCAGAAUGCUGAAAAGCGAUUGUCGACAAUACUUAAGGGACCUGAUGGGAGUGAAAAUCGUCAAGCACCUUGUAUGGACGGAUUUGCUUCAUUGAACGACGAGGAGAGAUCAGAAGGAGAAGUGAAAAAACACGAGGAUGUUCAGACCAUUAAUCUUCCGAUUGUCAAACCAAAUUAUUGUGGAUUUGUGGACCAAAAUAGAUUUUGGAUAAUGAUAGCUCUUGGCCUUUUCUUUCGUAUAGCCGUAAUGUUCGAAUUGCUCAAUUAUGUAUUUUUAUCUUUUACAACAAUUUUCUUUUCAUGGGAAUUGCUUGUUAUAUUCUCCAAUAGAACGUUAUUUAGGAGAUAUCCAAAGAAUGACUUUUUGGUGAAUAUGUUAAUGGUUACAGGACUUAAUAAGAGAUUGGUUGUAUGGACUCAAUUUAUCUUCAAUCUUCUCUUGGAAUUUACAGUGGAUGCGUGUGUUAUGUCAUUCUCCUUCAUAUGCUUCCAUUUAUUAUUUAUUACUUGCAAAUAUUUGACUGAAUCUGGUUGUUGUUCAUAA